CAGAUCCCUCUUCUUCCCUUUCUUUCUUUCUCUUUCUUUCUUUCUUACCCAGAUCAGCUGGGUUCUAAUGAGCUGGGUAGCUGGGUUCUGAUGAGCUGGGUAGUUGGGUUCCGAUGAGCUAGGUAGCUGGGUUCGACGAAACCCAGAACUGUUGGGUUCCGUCGAACCCAGCUUUGCUAGUCGCCCGAACCCAGCCUUGCUAGGUUCGUCGAAACCCAACUGCUGGGUUUCAUGAGACCAGCAAGGCUGGGUUUCAACGAACCUAGCCUUGCUAGUCGCGUGAACCCAGCCUUGCUGGUUGCGCGAACCCAACCUUGCUGGGUUCGUCCAAACCUAGCUGCUGGGUUUCGACCAACCCAGCCAUGCUGGUCGCGCUUGCUGGUUUCAUUGAAACCCAGCCUUGCUAGGGUUAAUUUGAUUUGGUGAGAUCUAUUGGCUUGAUGAACUCAAUGGCUUUAAUGAAACUAGUAAUUGGGUUCGAUGAUAGAGAACUCAAAUUUUGCUCUGGAGCAUUCUAGGGUUCAUUGUUUUUUUGCAGGUUUUAGUGAGUUUGAUUUGUGAGAAUAUGAACUCUCAACGUCAUAGCAUUUAACCUUUU